UGGUUUUUAAUAUCGCGAUUAUUUAUUCAACCGCCUUAUUUUAUUUUAUUUUUUCUGGAUUUUUUUUCAGUUUUCGCUACCUCUCACUUUUGAGCUAUCGCAGCCAUGACCACUUGGGAAACUCUAUACAACCGUCCAGGUCCCAAUCGUUUGCUACCCGCCGAGUCAUAUAGCACAACUGAUCCUACAGAGCCAGUGAAAAUUCGUAAAGCCGCCGAUGGCCUAGGUGCUGAGGAGCCUAUUUCCAUUCCUGGCAUGCUGAAACGUACCGUAAACAAUUAUGGUGAUUAUCCAGCAUUGCGGACGAAGAAUGAGAAUAAGGAAUAUGAGACAGUAACAUACAAGCAAUAUGAACAAAAAGUGCAUCAAGCCGCCAAGGCGUUCAUCAAGCUCGGACUGGAGCCGCAUCACUCAGUGGGUGUGCUAUCCUUUAAUUGCGCCGAAUGGUUCUACUCCGCCAUGGGUGCCAUACACGCUGGUGGUAUUAUCGCUGGAAUUUAUACGACUAACUCAGCGGAGGCUUGUUUCCACGUUUUGGAAAAUUCGCGUGCACAAAUCGUCAUUGUCGACGAGUCCAAGCAAAUGGAUAAGAUUAAAGAGAUUAGAGAUAAGUUGCCACAUUUGAAAGCGGCUAUUCAAAUACAAGAACCAUAUGCGCCGUAUAUGAAGAAAGAGGAUGGCUACUAUAGGUGGUCGGAAAUUGAAGCAAUGACGGUUGCUGAUGUCGAGGAGGAAUACAAGAAGCGUCUGGAGAAUAUUGCCAUCAACCAGUGCUGUUGUCUGGUAUACACGUCUGGUACAGUGGGCAUGCCCAAGGGCGUUAUGCUUAGCCACGACAACCUCUACUUCAAUACGCGCGCUAUUACCAAGUCGCUGCACAAUAUUAUCGCCGGCGCUGAGGUGGUCGUCUCCUAUCUGCCGCUCUCCCAUGUGGCCGCACAGACUGUGGAUAUUUACACAGUAGGUUCCAUAGCCGGUUGCAUUUACUUCGCCGACAAGGAUGCUUUGAAGGGCACACUGGUGAAGACACUGCAAGAUGCGCGCCCCACACGAUUUAUGGGUGUACCGCGUGUCUAUGAAAAAUUCCAGGAACGUAUGGUGGCCGUUGGCUCGUCGAGUGGUGGUUUGAAAAAGGCGCUCGCCAGCUGGGCUAAGGGUGUGACGCUGCGUCAUUACAUGGAGACACAUGGCAAAGGCCCCGGUAGCUUUGGAUAUAAUAUCGCUAAGAAGUUGGUUAUGUCCAAGGUGAAGCAAGCGCUUGGUUUCGAUCGUGUUAUUACACUUGUCACCGCUGCGGCGCCCAUGUCACCUGAGACUAAGAAGUAUUUCCUCAGCUUAGAUUUGAAACUCUUGGAUGCUUUUGGUAUGUCGGAAGUUGGUGGUUGCCAUACAGUAUGCGCUCCAGAUACACAACCGCUCAAUUCGAUUGGCAAAACGUUGGCUGGUUGUGAAACGAAAAUAAUCAACAAAGACGAAAAUGGACACGGUGAGAUUUGCAUACGCGGUCGACACGUUUUCAUGGGCUACAUUUACAACAAAGAGAAAACCGUUGAAGCGCUCGACGAAGACGGUUGGUUGCACUCUGGUGAUGUGGGUUAUAUUGACGACAAAGGCCACAUCUAUAUCACAGGCCGCUCCAAGGAGAUCAUCAUCACAGCCGGUGGUGAAAAUAUACCACCAGUGCAUAUUGAGAAUUUGAUAAAGAAAGAAUUGGAAGGCAUAUCGAAUGCCUUCUUGGUGGGUGAGCAACGCAAGUAUCUCACCGUGUUGCUGACAAUAAAGACCGAAAUGGAUAUCGAAACUGGCGCCCCACUCGACGAUCUCUCGCAUGAGUCGCUCACAUGGGUGAAGAGUUUGGGUGUUGAACACAAGACAUUGAGUGAAAUUCUGAAGGCUGGCCCCUGCCCCAAAGUGUGGAAAUCUAUUGAGGAUGCCAUUAAGCGUGCCAACAAGCUGGCCAUUUCCAAUGCGCAGAAGGUGCAGAAAUUCGCAAUACUGCCACAUGACUUCUCCAUUCCAACGGGUGAAUUGGGUCCGACUUUGAAGGUGAAACGUAAUGUUGUCUCCAAACAGUAUGCCGAUAUCAUUGAAGGCCUUUAUGCUUGAGUUAUGUAUGUAACUUGAGUUUUGGGAAGCAUAGUAGUACAACCGAGGCUGUUCGUAAUUCCUACAAAUUUGCUGAAUUAACAUUAAAAUAGUUAGAGAAAGUUAUAUCUAGAGAAAUUACUAACAAAAAAGGCAUACAUAAGAAAGCAAACGAGUUUGCCUAUAUUACAACAAAAAUUGCCGGGCUGUAUAGUAGAAUUAAAAAAAAAAAAUAACAAAUUUACUAUAUCUAUAGUAUAUGACUUAUGUAAGUUUAGUUUCUUUAGCCAAUAAAGCAAAGCAAGUUUGUAAUAUUUACAUAUACAUAAAGGAUCUUAAAGCUGAAUUCUUAACCGCUGUAUGCUGUUCAUUUUGUGAAUUUCUAUUUACAACAAACUUUCUUGUUAUUUCUAAUUAUCCUGCCUACAUAUGUACAUAUAUGGCCUACUUCAAUGCUAAUUUUUAAAUGAACUUGAUUUUAGAAUGUGUUUAACAACAAGGAUUUUAUAUGAAAAUUGAUUGGAGUUAAAAUUUUAUGAUUUGAUAGAAACUAUUCACAUAAACAUACACUUACUUACAAGGACAACAUACAUACAAACAUAUGUACCUACCUACAUAUACAUAUAACUAUGUAAAUAGAUUUCAUUACUUUAGCUUUAAAAGAAACUGUUAUUGUACAAUGAAACCUAGGAAAACAUUCGUUGAAAAUAAAAUAUAAAACAAGUACUGAGAAAAAGU